ACACACCUCAGACCUGCAUCAUUGUGUGCGUAUGAUCAUUGGGUGUUACCUCCUGCAUUAGUCCACCCCUACCUUCCUGCUCCCUCCUGCCCGCGUACCUAUCUUGUACUGUAGGUGUUUUUAUAACUAUUGGUCGCGACUAGAUAAAAAAUAGGCCACCCUUGUUCUCCUAGCGACUUUGACCAGCCACACAAACUGCAUCUACCCAAAUAUUUCACCACAAAAAAACGGCUGCACUCUCAAAGGAGCUGCCCCGCCAUUCCAAAGCUCUGACCCUCCCCAGUUUUCUACGGUCUACCGUUGCGAAAUUUUAACAUUUAACAUUGAGACCAUGUCAACCCAAGACAGCUCGUAUGCGCCAAAGUCGCCCGACCUUUCUUCUUUUUAUUCCAGCUCAACGUCUGACAUUCCCCAGAACCACAACGCCCCAGGUGGCUAUCUCUUUCAAGCUGGAAUUGGGGCUGGUCCAGGAGCUGGUACAGGAGCUCCUUUAAGAUAUAAUCAGCCACAGCCCCACCAAUACAGCACUUAUCAAUCAUCCAUACCGUCUUCUGUACCGCCUACCAGCGCUCCUGCAUACGGUAGUAACGGCAGCAACAACACCGCUUUCAGCACCUAUCCGUCUCAAGGCACCGCCGGACAACAAGGACAAUACUUCUCUCCCCGACAACAAACACAAUUCGCCCAAACAAACCAAUCGCCAUAUAUUCUACAACCCCCGAACGCUUCCGUGUCCUACUACUCGUCCUAUCCCGAGCCUGCAUCACCCGCUAUCUAUCAUCAACUACAAGCACAGCUACAAACACAGCCUUCCCAACCCCAAACCUCGCAACCACCUGCUGUUCCCAACCAAUUUAACUCGUCAAAACCACAAAGCACUAUGCCGCCACGAAAGAUCGCGCCGGCAGCAAAGCAAAAUGAGGUGGAACCGUCUCCAGUCAAAACCAAGUUCCCCACAGCGCGCAUUAAGCGUAUAAUGCAAGCUGAUGAGGAAGUGGGCAAGGUCGCCCAGCAAACCCCCAUCGCAGUUGGAAAAGCGUUAGAACUGUUCAUGGUACAACUCGUUCGUAAGAGCGCCGAGGUGGCCAAGGAGAAGAAUUCCAAAAGAAUCACGGCGCCAAUGCUCAAGCAGGCAAUAAGCUCAACUAUUGAAUGGGAUUUCCUACAAGACAUUGUCGCCAAGGUGGGCGAGGAGAAAGAAGGUGGCAAGAGCUCCGGCAGAACUAAACCUGAUAGCGAUAGUGACGAAGAGGGAGACGUCGGAGAGCCUAAGAAGAAGGGAAGGGGCGGACGUAAGAAGAAAGUGCCUGCGUAGCCAUUGGCUAAUACUGUGUCAUCUGGUUCUCUUUCUACGGGCUACACGACAGCAAUGAGGUCACGAUGAAUGAUUUAGGCCACUGGCGUUUAUACCUAGGGGCAUUAUACCGGCGUUGGAGGUUUAGGGGCUACCCUGAAUUUAUGAUUGGAAGACGGACCUGGGCGGCUUGCAAGACGAAUAUCACCAAUUGUAUGGGGUAAUUAGGUACUUAGACAAGGAAUGCAGUCGGUACGUGCCGUAACUAUGGCAGUAAACACAUCUUUGUUUAUGACUGAUACCUCGAUGUGAUUGUUUCUUGGCGAUUGCUUUAUUUCUUUGCUGUUCUAUUUUCUAUUCAUAGUAACACUCGAGGCUCGAUAUCAAACGCUCUGCUUAGCAUAAUAUUAGAUAUUGCUAUCAACUCUGGCAGUAUAAGGUUGAGUCAAUACAAAG